CAUGUGCACAACAGACCGGGUGUGCGGCGCGUCACUGAGGCUUAACUGGAGUGGCGGUCGGUCACCCCGCCAUUGAUUGGGCAAUGAACACAAACCAGGGUCGGUCCUCCUUCGCUCGCUGCUGGGCAUUCUAAGACGAACUACUUUUCUCAUCAGGCCUGAUCAUCGAUGCUCCAGAUUACAACAGAGUUCUCCAUAUCCAAAAAUACUAUUGCAGCUCUUUCGAACCUCGAAAUCUGACUCGAGUCUGUUCGCUACCAUGCCAAGCGCCCCCCCGUAUCCGCUGCGGCUGAGCCCGCGCAGUGCAGCCUUGUCCAGCACUGCUCUUCACUGCGCUGAACUCUCCACUGGAUUGGAAUGAUAUACACUUGAUUCAAGCAACAUGUCGCAAUACAACCACAUGCCCCCGCCGGGAGCAUACGUCCCACCGAAUCAGAGUCAGCACACGCCUCCACCACAAGGCUAUGGUGCCCAACACCAGCAACAGGGUUACCAGCAACCGCAAGGUGCGACGGCAGGCCAGCCGUCAACGCAAGGAUAUGGUCAGCCUAGUCAGCCGUACAAAGGCAGUGGGGGAUCCUUUGGCCAGAUGAUGAACCAGGCGGUCACGACCAGCAAGCCAAUGCUGAACAAGCUGAGUAAGACCAUAAGCUCAAAGCUAGGGAGCAAGCCGUCCACAGCAGGGACCCCGCAGCAUCUACAAAGCUACCAGAACUACCAACAACACACCAGCCAACAGGCUCAGACUCAUACACAGCCACAGAGCCAGGCGUUCAAUCCCCACGCGCAACAAACGCAGCACCAGCCGCAAGCACCGAAUGCUUAUCCUCCGCAACAAGCACCUCCGCAGCAGCCGAACUAUAGCCAAGGACAAAGCAAUCACUUUGCGCAACAAACAACACCGACGACGCAGACGCCGUAUGCCCAAGCUAUCCCAUCGUCGCAAUCUCAACAGACAAGCUACAACCAUGCUCAGUUCACUCAGGGGGGCAACACAGUUGGAGAGCAACAAGUCCAAGGAGGGCAAUACCACCAAGAGCCGAUGAACCAUGCUCAGACGCAGGGACAGUAUCAGCAACAACCUGUACAGGCUCAGUACACAGGUCAACAGGUAGGGGUUGUAGGAGGCUCUCAGCACUUUCAACAGUCGAAUCCGCAAUCACCCCAAAUACCUGCUGUCUCACCACAGUCGCCAGCCCCACAACAAGCACCAUGGCAGAACUCUCAACUUGGUUCGGAGCAACCUCCAGUCCCCAAUCAUCCGCAGCAGCCGCCAGCCACCACCGCUCAUACACCAUCGUACUUUCCAAGCAUGAAUGCACAGGCCCAUUCGAACAGCAGCCAACAGUGGAUGCCCUUGUCUCCUGUAGGCUCUGAAGGCCCUCAGCACCAGCUUCCACAAGGCUCGAUCAGCUCCCCUCCCCCGCCAGCGCAUAGCAUAUCGCCCGUAAUGCCAAGUGUCUCGCCACAUCAAUCCCAAAGUUCGACUCCUGCCCCACCACCCGUCGCUGCCAAUCCCGGGCCGCCCACAGCUUUUAUCGCCGAGUUGCCGGCUGAUUUGGGCAGCUUGAGAAUUGCUGAGACAAAGCCUGUGCAGACUAACUCAGCAUCGGUCCCUGGACAAACGUCACCGUACCAGGCCUAUCAGUCAUCGCCUGCACAGGCGCCAUCAUCUCCAGGCUUUACCAUUGCCCGCCGAGCAGUGAGCAUAAGCAAUGCACCAUUUGCUGACCCAUGGCGGUUCGCUGAUCCUCUGACCGAGCUUCCUACGCGAGAGUUCUACGUCAUUGCCGACUUGCUCUUCGAGGCGAUGGAUAGGAAGUUUGAGCCACACAAUACGGGAAUGCUGGAAGCUAGCAAGAUAUUGAGGAGCUGGGUCGAUCUAACGGACGAGGUUUUGCAGCUGUUUUCUUACCGCUGUUACAGCGCUUUCGGCAAGCUCUGGAGUCUACAAGGGAUUCCACAUGUUAUGGUGCCCUACCAGCCAUCGCUGAUGCCAAUAUGGAACUUCGACCGGCACUCACAUGCUCAGGAGCUAAAGCUUUCGUCUGUUCUUACGCAUGCGGCGGUUGGUACUACAUACAUGCCGGCAUUGAACCGCGCUGGGUGGUACAAGCUUUUCUUUCUUGAAAUGAUGCACGGUCCGGACAAUAUCAACAAGCUGCUGUCGGCGCUCUGUUCCGAGACCUAUAAGCCAAGAGUCCUUCACCAUCCGGACCUCACCAAACGAGACAAAGCAGAGGCCCCUGCUCUCCAGGCUCGGGCUACUGAGAUUCAGAACGCGGCUAUCAACCAGGUUUGCAAUGAGAUCAAAGCUGCGAUGCUAGCUGAACCAGAUGUCUGAGCGCCAUCUGGAAGGACUGAAUUUCGGUACUACAUUUGUGAGGUGAUCGCGAAGGUUGUUUUGGUCUUGGACCUCUUGGCCUGCGCACUCCAUAUACCACGUUUAGCAUUAGCAAUUAAUCUGUAUUGAUGGGUUUCAA